GCAAUGCAUGAGUGAACUUCAACUGUCAAAAGUGGAAGACACAUUAGCCUUUGAGCUGGGCGGUUUCCAAUUAUCAACAUCGCCUUUGUAAGUGAUCGCACAUCAAGACGCUGUAGGUGUGAUCGAGGCGCAAUUUGUGCACAAAGCGCUGGAUUGCACGGAGGCUGACGAUCGAGAGGGAUAACCUAGUGUCGUCCAAGAAGUGAACAAGUUCUAGGUUGUUUAGGGGGGCCGAUUGUUGCCAAUAUGUCCAGGAAUCCCAUAUUUGUGAGUCCAUUCCACAGACCCCACUGUUUGGCCGCCGCCGCCCCAGCAGGAAAAGCCAAACUCACCCACCCUGGCAAAGCCAUUCUAGCAGGUGGUAUUGCUGGAGGAAUAGAGAUCUGUAUUACAUUCCCUACAGAGUAUGUGAAGACUCAGCUGCAGUUGGAUGAGAAGGCCAACCCUCCCAGAUAUAAAGGCAUCGUUGACUGUGUGAAGCAGACGGUAGACGGUUAUGGGGUGAGGGGUCUGUACAGAGGGCUUAGCUCAUUGCUCUAUGGCUCCAUACCCAAAGCAGCUGUCAGGUUUGGUGUGUUUGAGUUCCUCAGUAAUAAGAUGCGUGAUGAGAGUGGGAAGCUGGACAGUACCCGGGGUCUUUUCUGUGGCCUGGGGGCUGGAGUGGCUGAGGCUGUGGUGGUGGUCUGCCCCAUGGAGACGGUCAAGGUAAAGUUUAUCCAUGACCAAUCGUCAGCCAACCCAAAGUACCGGGGAUUCUUCCAUGGAGUCAGGGAGAUCAUCAGAACAGAAGGCCUGAGGGGGACGUACCAGGGUCUGACAGCCACGGUACUGAAACAGGGAUCCAACCAGGCCAUUCGCUUCUACGUCAUGACAUCUCUAAGGAACUGGUACAAAGGUGAAGACCCUAACAAGGCCAUUAACCCUCUGGUCACGGGAGCAUUCGGAGCCUUCGCUGGAGCUGUCAGUGUGUUUGGAAACACUCCUCUGGAUGUCAUCAAAACCAGGAUGCAGGGUCUGGAGGCUCACAAGUACAAAAGCACCCUGGACUGUGCCGUCAAGAUCAUGAAGCAUGAGGGACCUAAAGCGUUCUAUAAGGGUACAGUCCCCAGGCUGGGCAGGGUGUGUAUGGACGUAGCCAUCGUCUUCAUAAUCUACGAGGAGGUGGUGAAGGUCCUUAACAAAGUCUGGAAGACUGACUGAGAUCACGUUUCCAUGACAACCAGCAUGAGUGGAUAACCCCUGGCAGGGCGGGGCUAUGGCCUGAUUCCAAACCCAAUCCCUCUGCCCUUUCCUUAGGUUUUCCAUGACUUGCUACCUCCUUACAGAUCUAACAUGGCUGGUUAUAUUUCAUUCCAAAUAAGUUGGUCUCUGUCCCCUGCCAUUUUUUGCUUAGUCAGUUGGAAUGAAAUGCAGCCAUGAUAGGUGUAAACAAUCUGGGGAUGAGUGCACUUCGCCUAUGAUCCUAUUGGGAUUACUACUAUCAUAUUGUUUAUACCUACUGCCUCUGUUCUUCUUUAUAUCCACAGGGGGGAGUGAGUAAGGGCACAUGGGUAGGGUGAGGGAUUUGGCCUAUAUGACUGGAAUAAUGGGAACACUGUAUCAUUCCAGAGAAGUGUCUUAGACCGACAGUGCUUCAGUUCACGAAUGGCUAUUAUUAACAUCUUAUGUUGUACAUUAAUCAAAGGUGAAACAAUACUUAUAGCUAAAACCCAAUAUAAUGUGAUGUAAAUCAAAGGGAAAAACUUGAAAUGAGGAGGAGGAUCAAAGGCUUUUAACUCCAAAGACCAUGUUGUAUAUUUAACAUGAUGGUGUGACCCAGUGAAAUGGGUCUGGCAGAGAAGUGGAGGCCGUCGUUCUUACACGUGAUAGCACUACAACAGACAUGCCUGUUCACGUGUCACAUGGGUGUUGUUUUCCAGGUUUAAUGCAGGUCUGAAAUUUAGCUGCUUUACAUACCUGAGUGCAAUUACAACACAAUGCCUUAUAUAUCAUUAUAUUCAGAGAUAUCUUUAUGGUAGAGAGAUACUAUAUGUACAGUGCCAUGAAAAAGUAUAUGCCCCCUUUCUGAGUUUCUCUAUUUUUGCAUAUUUUUUUAUACUGAAUGUUAUCAGAUAUUCAACCAAAAGGGUGUUUACAAAUAACAAAAAAGAUAUACGCAUUUUAUUUAUUUAACAGUUUGCUUACUGGGACUUCUAAUUUUGCGAGGGGCAGCAUUUUUUGGACUCGCUUAGGGUGGCAGAACAGCAAGGACUGGCCCUGCUUCCAAUAGUCUUGAUGAUCAUCCAGGUGCUUAUUGGCCAACUUGUCAACUUUUUGGAGGACAUGGGUCCGUAUAUGCCUAGCAAAAACCAAACCAGGCAUUCCACAGUAAGAACCUUACACCAACGAUCAAUCAUAGGAGUCUAGGUGUAAUUUAGAUUUUGGCCACCAGAGGCAGCAGGGGUUCAAACUAUACUACAUUUUAUUUCUUGGACCUUCAGUAUGACAAAUCAGAGCAAAAUUACUGAAUGUAAGUACAUUUAUUUACCUUCAGAGGUGAAUGUAUCAAACCAGUUGAUGUGAUAAGUGUUUUGUUGUUGUGCACUCAAUAAAUAGCAUGGCUUUUUUUUUUUUUACUGUAAUAGCUACUGUAAAUUGGACACUGCAGUUAGAUUAACAAUAAUUUAAGCUUUCUGCCCAUAUAAGACAUGUCUAUGUCCUGAAAAGUUGGCUGUUGUUUACAACGUCAUUCUAGUCACAUUAGCUCACGUUAGCAACAACCGUCCCGGUUUAGGGACACCGAUCCCGUAGAGUUUAAAGCAGUUCUGCAUGGAAGAGUGGGCCAAAAUUCCUCCACAGCGACGUGAGAGACUGAUCAAGAACUACAGGAAAUGUUUGGUUGAAGUCAUUGCAGCUAAAGGUGGCACACAACCAGUUAUUGAGUGUAAGGGGGCAAUUACUUUUUCACAGAGGGGCAUUUGGUGUUGCAGCAUAAUUUUUUUCAUGAAAUAAGUAAGUAAUUGUCAUUUGUUCACUCAGGUUCCCUUUAUCUUGUAUUAGGUUUUGGUUGAAGACCUGAUAACAUUCAGUAAAAUUAGAAAGGGGGCAAAUACUUUUUCACAGCACUGUAUGUAGUAGUAUAAUAAUAAUUGUUGUGACCAUAGAAUUAAAAUAAGAACUCCGUUUUUAAUAACUACCCAUUCUUAUUCUAUGGUUGUCAUAACCCUGUUUUGGCAUAGAAUUAAGAAUGAGAAUCCUAAUUAAAUAGUAUUUUAAUAGGAUCUCUAUGUUUUUUGGUGUCCGUCGAGUACAGUAUACUCAGACAUUCUGUAGAAUGAACCAACACUUUUCAAGUGAAUUACAUAACAACUGACCAAAAUUGAGAUGGUGAGGGACUUUGCAGUUGUAAAUGUGAAACAUCAGAAAUAUAUUUACAUAAUGAUUGCUUGUGGCUGCAAAUGUCGUUUAUGAUGGUUUUAGAAAUCUGGUAUAACAUCUCUAGUGCUACUAAUGUCUAAAAUUGAAAUGAUUCAUGUAGCAUGUCUUAGCUGGGUCAGUUUUUCCUCACUGACUUACAGUAUGAUAUAAUAACACUUAAUCAUUGUUUUUAAAGUGUUUAUUUGAUAUAGACAGUAACACAGUGCAAUGAUGCCUUGCUGAGAUGUUUAUCAAAUCGACUGGUACUAGUUGACAGUAUAGUUUACCAGACCAUCUUUGUAAUGCAGCCUUGAGUAAUUCAAUGUGAUGAGAUAUUGCCUGGUAAUGUUACCUGGCAGUUAUAGUAAGUAUAAAUGCCCUUGGAUUUACAAUUGAUCAUUACAUAUUUUCUUGGUAGUGUUAGUGGAGGGGAUGGGGACACCAGUUUUUAUUUAAGAUUUCUAGAUAUAUCUUUUGCAAAACCUAAUAGACAUUUUUCAUGAAACAAUACAUUUGCCACUGUCAUGGUCUGCCCAAUGUAAAAUACAUCUAUUUUUUAUGCUCCAAGACAAGAUCUUAUGUAAGCAUGUUUUAUUGAAAGACCAUGCACAGUCAUUGCAGAUUGUAGUGCCUGAGAGACAUUUGUAACAUUUGCAUUUGGGAUUUUGAAUAUGCCAUGUGUGCAUUAAAGAGUGUAAAGGAUUGUAUACAA